UGUUUUUCUCAUUGUUGCACCUACUUCCGUGUGUGUUAUCAGAUCGUCAGUAAGAAUCAUUUCCUACUUCUGAAAUGAUCGCAAAGUGAAAGGAAAACUGAUGUUUCACCUCCUUUGGUUUUUAUCAGGAUUUAUUCAGCUCACAAUCGUGGACGAGAGAAGUCUUAUCAUCACCAUAGCAGCCUCUGAAAGACGUAGAGAAAACAGGAACGGCUGUAAGAUUUAAUCUUACAACAUCGAGAGAAGAGGAAAAUAAGUUCCUGCAGCACACUUCUUCGUAGAAUAUUCAGAGGAAUACACAGACCAAUAUGGCGUUGACAGACGAGGCAGAAAUCAGGGAAUACUUCAAUGAGAUGGACUUGAACCGAGACGGUUUUUUGACGGCCAACGAGCUCCAGGAGAUUCUUGAGCAGUGCAACGAGAAGGUCCCAGGGUUUAAGAUUCGACAAUACAUUGCUGAAUACGAUACCGACAAGAAUGGCGCCCUCACGUACGACGAGUUUAUAAAGUUAUACCAUGACAUCAAGAAGGGCAAGGCUUCGGCCGGCUUCCUGACCGCGGUCAAGAGCCGAGUUGGAAUCCAAUCAGAAAAAGGAACGUCUGAUGUAAGCGCAACGGGAACAACUCACUCCUACUCAGUAGAGGAGACUGCUGCUUUCACAGCUUUCAUCAAUGACGAUAGUAAAUUUCAAAAUGAUCCCAUCCUUGGGCCGAGACUACCCAUCCAAGGUGAGGAUGGACUGUUUAAUGCUGUUGCUGAUGGCAUCUUACUCUGCAAAAUGGUCAACAAGUCAAGUCCAAACACAAUUGACGAGAGGGCCAUCUCUACCGGGAAGCUCAACAAAUUCACCCAGCUAGAGAACCUCACCCUGGCCCUUAACUCUGCCAGGUCCAUCGGCUGCAGCGUUGUCAACAUUGACCCCUUGGACCUGCAACAGGGGACCAAGCAUCUGGUACUAGGUCUGGUGUGGCAGAUCAUUCGGAUUGGACUCUUUGCCAACAUUGAUUUGCACAACGUCCCUGGUCUGAUGAAUCUCCUCCAUGACGGAGAGACCCUGGAGGAUCUCCAGAAACUCACCCCAGAGGAGCUUCUGAUCCGAUGGGUCAACUACCAUCUAGAACAAGGAGGAUCACCACGUCGCAUCAAGAACUUCUCAGAGGACAUCCACGACUCUGAAGUCUACAGCAUUCUAAUCAAGCAGAUCGCACCUGCAGAUAAGAAGGGAGAACUCGUUGAAGUCGUCCUCGGAAAAGACCUUGAGAAGCGAGCCGGUACAGUCCUGCAGAAUGCGGAUACAUUGGGCUGCAAGGCAUUCGUCACUCCCAAGGAAAUCGUGAAAGGUAAUUCCAAGCUGAACAUGGCGUUCGUAGCAAACCUGUUCAACCAUCAUCCAGCCCUAGACCCCCCAGAAGACAUGGAGUUUGAGGACGUCGAAGAAACCAGGGAGGAGAAGACUUACCGUAACUGGAUGAACAGCCUUAGCGUAUCACCUUAUGUGCACCAUCUUUACUCUGAUCUGUCCAACGGUCUCGUACUGUUACAGCUUAUUAACAACGUGAAUCCUGGAAUUGUCAACUGGGAUAAGGUCAACCAGGGUGCCACGCUGAAGAAGAUGGGCGGCAACAUGAAGAAGAUCGAGAACUGCAACUACGCCGUCGAUCUCGGACGAGAGAUGAAAUUCUCCCUUGUUGGAAUCGGAGGUCAGGACAUCCGAGACGGGAACCAGACCCUCACGCUAGCUAUUGUCUGGCAGCUGCUCAGAGCUUACACCUUGGGCAUCCUACAGAAGAUCAAUGACUCAGACAAACCUCUGACGGACCCUCAAAUUGUGGAAUGGGCCAAUAACAAGCUUGAAGAGGCGGGCAAGAAGUCCAAGAUCUCACAUUUCAAAGAUCCGUCCAUCUCUGACUCCAAGGUGAUCCUUGACCUCAUGGAAGCCAUCAAGCCUAACUGUGUGAACUUUGACCUCUACAUUGACCCCAGAGAGGACCCCAGCACUUCAGAGGAAACGAAGCUGAAGAAUGCUCAGUACGCCAUUACCAUCGCUCGCAAGAGUGGCGCCAUGGUCUACGCCCUCCCAGAGGACAUCGUCGAGGUCAACCCCAAGAUGGUCAUGACCAUCUUCGCCUGCAUCAUGGCGCUUGACCAGGUCUUAUUAGCUCAGAACUCUUGAAAGGUCACGACCCUGAUCCUAACCCCGACCGAAAUCCUAAUCCUGAUCCUUGCACAUAUCUCGCGCCAAUAUAAAAUGUCAUUUUUCAUUGUAUAGUAGUAAGCUGAUGAUGUGAAUGGCACUAUGAUUUUUUGUAAAUUUCAUUUUUUGUGAGUAUAUUUGUGGAUAAUUUUUGUUCAUAAAGAAGUAUUUAGGUCUGUACUUUGUGUAAACAUUGCUUUUGGUAAUUUUUGAUGUUGUUAGCAAUGUAAAAUAUACCGUGUUGUCUUAAUUUUUGAUUAUUUGUAGGCGAAAAGAUAAAGAUAUCCUGUUUUUCGACCCAUGUCAUAUAUUGUUUCCAAUUUUUUGAAGAUAUAUUUUGUUUAAUGAAUACUGCAACUACAUAUACAUGUAUAAGUAUAGUCUUUGGAGAUUUAUGUCGAUUUACAGAUGGAUAAUCUCUUUCGAUAUCAUACCGUGGUUGUAUUUUUUUCUUGUUUUAUUUUUAUUGAUCAUGAAAAAAAGAAUGAGUACCUAACGAAAGAAAUGUCCAUUGUGGCUCACCGUCCAGUAUACUGAAGGUUCUAACUUGUGCCUUAACGCAAGAGAGGUAGAUAUAGUCCAUUGGAUACGUCACUGGACUGUGGAUCACAAGGUACAGGGUUCAAGUCCUGCCACGGCACUAAUGUCCUUUGGCCAGGCAUUGAUCUGCAUUUACCACUCUCCACCCAGGUGUUAAAUGGGUACCCGGUAGGAUGCGAACAUUAAUGUCGUUUGAUUGGCAUGUGUGCGCUUGUAAAACGGCACCUGUUGGGAAUACACCCCAGGGAGCAGAGCAAUUAUAAUAUAUAAUAAUUACAAUGUAAAUCGCUUUAUAUUGAGAGCUAUACGAAUGUGACUACGGUAUUAUUAUUCACUAUUUAAGAUCUUUGUGCUGACGUUCAUAUGAGGCUAUGUUUAAAGAGACUGACAGCGAGACCAAUGAAUUAUCGACUUUAAAUAUAUAUCGAUUCGUAGUGAAGUAUGAGUUAUGAUAAAUGCCCUUUUUAACACUUUACCAGCUUUGAUCCAAUCAUGGAAAGAACAGUUGUCUGCCACAUUAGAUGUUUGCCAUACACACGCAGUGUAAUUGAUAUCAUAUCCUCUAAACAUUGUGGCAGUCACUUGGCUUCUUCCAAUAGCGAAAAAAUAGUUAAGAGGAAAAAUAGAACAUAGAACCUAUGCAGAAUUCAAUGAUAUUUGUAUAUUCCUUGCUUUUGAGAGUAGAAAAUGAGUGGUUUAUAUAAAAUGCAAGUAUGUUAGCAUUGUAAUUGUAGAUUUACUUGAUUUACAUUUUUUUUUAUUAGAUCAAUCAUUGGUGCCGGUUAAUGCUAUUAUAGCACUACACAAUUUCAGCUCUCGUUUAUAUUUUGAACUAAACAUAGGAAUACAUAAAUUCAUCAGUAUAUUUUACAAAUUAAAUGGUACAUGUUUAUAUACUAAAGUAAGAAGUGUUCAUUAACCUUUGUAGGAAAAAACUAGAUUCACAAAAUAUGUUUAAUGUAAUAUGCUUCAAUUUUCACCUGUCUGUAAGAGUUUAUACAUGUAAUAACCUAGCAACAAAUAGCAUAGGAACAAAAACAAAGUGAAAACAAAAGCCUCAACAAAUCAUAAGGUAUGAACAAACAGGACUUAGAAUUGAACAAUAUUUAUCAAAACCCAUAAACUAGUCGGUUUUAAUCGAAAGACUUGUGAAUCAAGAUUUAUUUCCAUUCAAUUUUUAAAAAAAUCUUUGAAUGUGUCGUUUAUUCACCAAAAUACUAUGUACCGGUACCUUUUUUUUUUAAAGCCAGUAUUAAUACAUAACAUGCAAAUGAAACGAUCAUCCAAAGAUAUAUAAGUGUAUACAUGUAUAUCAUCAGGAUUUUUUUAUAGAAACAAAUCAAACAAGCAAGGCAUCCCGUGCCAUGUCCGUUCUUCCAUAAAUCGCAAGUACCCGUAUGAAGAUAUAUGAGUGGAUUUCCAUGAUGUAUUGAGUAAAGAGAUGUGCAUAUAUUUACAUGUAUAGCUAAACCCAAAUCUUUCAUAUGAAGGUGUUCUUGUGUAAGUUGUAAUCAAACAUUCCUUUAUAUCAAAAACCGUUUCUGUGUUUCAUCCCAAAAGUGACUUAUGAUGUCUUAUCUAAAUGCUAAAAAAGUGUUUUUAAAUAUUAUCUCACGCUGUACACACAACUAUCCAAUUCUCCAUCGUUUAAAUACUUAUUAACAAAAUAGUAUACUUUUCGCUUCUUUCUUCUUUUAGUUGUAAAUCUGUAUUAUCAUUUCAAAUGAUUGUGUUGUAUAUUUCUUUCUAUUUUUUGUUCUUUCGUGCCUGCAGGGUUGUAGCGAUAAGGUAACAUGUACAAAUCUGUUUUUUAAGAAUCUUAGAUACCGUGUUUGAUUGCAUUUGCUCACAUAUAUGACCACAAUUUAUAUAUAUGAAUAUGUAUUAUACAUUUGAUGUGUCUCUUUAACAAUUCGCAUGUACAAGUUGUUUUUUCUUAGAUGAAGAAAGGGUGACGUAUAGUGCCAUGUUAUACAUUUAUUACCUCUUACCAGGUGUUGCUUAACAGAAUAAUAUGAAUAUUCAGUGCAUGAUAAUUUUAUAAGAUACAGUUGCACAUGGUAAUUUGUGACAAAUUGGUGUAGUACUACACCUCAGUUUUCACUGAAUGAACAUUGUGCCGAGCCUAUUUCAUUGAACGAAAAAUGUUCCAUUUAUGAUCAUGAUUUAACUCUAGCAUUUAAUGUUAUUUGUGAGGUUUAAAUUUCCUCUGAUAAUGCAUCAUCAUUCCAGUUUUCUAUUCCAAAAUACUUUCAUACCAGAUUUUUUUAAAAAUGUUACCUUGAUUUUCCAAUCUUAAUUCUUACCUAUGCCAUGUUUCCCAUAGUUUGGCAUCAUUAUGAUAAUUUCCUUCACCUUUUUUUUUUCUUCUUUUUUUUCCCUUUUUUUCUUUUGAAUCAAGAUAUGAUUAUGCUAUUACGACCAAAGGGAUAUGAUAAGAAAGAGAGAGACAAAAAAGAUAAAAGUCUUUACUAACAAGGGAAUCUUAUAUAAAUCAUAGAGCCAUUCCAAAGAAUGUUAUCAUUUGUCACGUCCAGAGGCUCAAAGUGAUAUUAUGAGACAAUGUAGUCUUUGCUAACUAGAAAUUUUACGUACAAGUUCACAUAAAGCCAUUCCAAAAAAGUAAUGUGUCAAUAUCGAAAGAUAUUUGUGGUUCUGUAACGUAUGAGUUCAGUGGGCAUUUCAGCUAAGACAACAUUUAUCAUGUGUAGUUGAUCUGAUUUGUACAUGAGUUUGGAUGAUUUCUUGAUUCAAUUUUUU